CGGAGCCUGGGAGUCGGGGCGGCAGGGUGGAGUGGAGGCCGUGGCUGACAGGCGCUCCUCCCCCGACGGCGGCGGCUGGUGCCCCGGCGGACCGGCGGCCCUCAGCUCGCGGCCGCGAGAGGCGCCAGGGCCGCACCGGGGGAUGGACGAGGGGAAGAUGGACGAGAAUGAAUGGGGGUACCACGGCGAAGGCAACAAGAGCCUGGUGGUGGCCCACGCGCAGCGUUGUGUGGUGCUGCGUUUCCUGAAGUUCCCUCCAAGCAGGAAGAAGACCUCAGAAGAAAUAUUUCAGCACCUACAGAACAUAGUGGACUUCAGCAAAAAUGUCAUGAAAGAGUUUUUGGGGGAGAACUCUGUCCAUUGUGGGGAAGUGGUUCAACUGCCUUUAGAUUUCGUGAAACAGCUUUGUUUAAAGAUACAGUCCGAAAGACCAGAAUCUCGCUGUGACAAGGACCUGGACACUUUUAGUGGCUAUGCCCUGUGCCUUCCCAAUUUAGCCAGACUUCAGACCUACCGUUUUGCAGAGCACCGGCCGAUUCUGUGUGUAGAGAUCAAGCCCAAAUGCGGGUUUAUUCCUUUCUCCGGCGAUGUGACACACGAGGUGAAGCGCAGGGUGUGUCGCUACUGCAUGCACCAGCAGCUCAAGGUGGCAACCGGGAAGUGGAAGCAGAUAAGUAAAUACUGUCCCCUCGACCUCUACUCAGGAAAUAAGCAGAGAAUGCACUUUGCCUUGAAGAGCUUGUUACAGGAAGCUCAGAACAACUUAAAGAUAUUUAAGAACGGUGAGCUGAUCUACGGCUGCACAGAUGCUCGCAGCCCCGUGGCUGACUGGAACGAGCUCGCACACCACCUGAAGCCCUUCUUCUUCCCUUCCAACGGCCUGGCUGGCGGGCCCCACUGCACAAGGGCUGUGAUCCGGGAGCUGGUGCGGGUCAUCACGCGGGUGCUGCUGAGCGGCUCGGACAAGGGCUGGGCAGGUGCCCUGAGGCGGGGGCCUGGGCCACGGGGCCCUCGUGUCUGUGAGGCCAGCCCUUUCGGCAGGAGCCUGCACCGCCAAGGAAAAAACAGCCCGGAGUGCUCGGGGUUACCGAAGGGCUGUCUUCUGUACAAAACCCUCCAGGUGCAGAUGUUGGACCUGCUGGACAUCGAAGGCCUCUACCCUCUGUACCGGCGGGUUGAGCGGUACCUGGAGGAGUUUCCUGAGGAGAGAAAAACAUUGCAAAUAGACGGGCCUUAUGAUGAAGCGUUUUAUCAGAAGCUACUUGAUCUUUCCACUGAGGACGAUGGGACAGUGGCCUUUGCACUGACGAAGAAUUUCAUCACCUCAGAAAGAAAUCCCGCCCCCUUUCGCUGUCAUCCCCUCUUCUCCCUACCCACCAGCCCGAAGCAACCAUCGAGCUCCUUCCUGUCUGUCUCUGUGGACGCGCCUCCUGCAGACACUGCAUAUAAUUGGACUCGUUCAGUACCUGGUCCAUUAUGACUGGAUUCCUUCACUUAGCAUGUUCUCAAGGUUCAUCUGCAUCAUAGCGUCGUUCCUUUUGUGUAGUUGAGGAACACACCAUUCUAUAGAUACGUUACUUUCUAUCCAUUUAUUAUUGAUGGACAUUUUGGCUAUUAUGAAUAAUGCUGCUGUAAGUAUUUGUGUACAAAUUGUUGUGUGCACGUGUUGUUACUUUUCUCGGGGAUAUACCUAGGAGUGGAAUUGCUGGGUCAAAUGGUAACUUAUGUUUAAUUUUAUCAGGCAGUUUCAGAGGGGCUGUCCGAUUUUACAUUCCCACCAGCAACUUGUGAGGGUUCCAACCUCUCCGUAUUUUCAACGACACUUGUUAUUUAUCAUUUUGAAUUUUGCCAUCCUGGUGGGUGUAAAGUGGUAUCUUGUUGUGAUCUGUAUUUCCCAGAAGACAAAGAGCAUUUUUUUCAUGUGCUUGUUGCCCAUUUGUAUACCUUCUUUGGAGAAAUGUCUAUUCAGAUCCUUUGCCAACUUUUAAAUGAUGUAAUUUGUCUUGCUGAGCUAUAAGGAUUCUGUAUAUUGUGAGAAGUGGGCCCUUAUCACAUACGAUAUGCAAAUAAUUUUCUUCCAUUCUAUUAGUUGUCCUUUUACUUUCUGAGAAAAAUGCCCUUUGAUACAAAAAUGUUUUUGAUUUUGAUGAGGUUUAUCUGUUUUUUCUUGUAUUCAUGCUUUUGGUAUCAUAUCUAAGAAUCUAUUGCUAAAUCCAAACUCAUGAAUAUUUUCCUGUUUUCUUCUAAGAAUUUUGUGGUUUUAUCUCUUACACUUAGUUCUUUGAUCCAGUCUGAGUAAAUUUUUGUAUAUUAUUUGAGGUAGGGUUCCAGCUUCAUGCUUUGCAUGUUGAUGUACGGUUGUCCCAGCACCAUUUGUUGAAAAGACUAUUUUUAAAUCCCACUGAAUGUUCUUGGCACCCCUGUCAAAUCCGUUGACAGUAGACAUACGGGUUUAUUUCUGAAUGCUUAGUGGUGUUCCUUGGGAAUAUGUGUUUAUACUUACACCAGUCCGCUGUCUUGAUUACUAUUGCUUUUUAGUAAGUUUUGAAAUUGGGACAUGUAAGUUGUCCAACUUUACUAUUCUUUUUCAAGAUUGUUUUUGCUAUUUGGAGCCCCUUGUGAUUCCAUAUAAAUCUUAGAAUCAGCUUGCCAGUUUCUACAAAGAAGCCAGCUGGAUAGUUGUAGGGAUUGUGGUGAGUCUGUAGAUCACUUUAGUUAGAAUAGCCAUCUUUACAAUAGUAAGUCUUCCAAUUUGUUAACAUGGGAUGCUUUUCAAUUUAUUUAGAUCUUCAGUUUUCUUUCAACAGUCAUUUGUAGUUUUCACAGUGUGCAUUUUGUACCUUAAGGUUAUUCCUGAAUGUUUUGUUUUUGAUGCUGUAAAUGCAUUUUUCUUAAUUCUGUUUUCCAAUUGAUUGUUGUAAGUGUAUAGAAAUUAGUUCGUUUUUGUAUAUUGAUCGUGUAGCUUGCAACCUUGCUGAAUUCCUAUAUUCAUUAUUUAAAAAUUAAGAGAUUUUUAGUAGAUUCCUUAGAAUUCUCUCUAUACAAGAUCAUCUGUGACUAGAGAUUGUUUUCUUCCUUUCCAAUUUGGAUGCCUUUUCUGUCUUUUUCUUGCAUAACUGCCCUAGCUAGAAUCUUUAGUACAGUGUGGAAUAGAUGUUGCAAGAACAGACAUCCCUGAUUUUCCCUGGCCUUGCUGGGACAGUGUUCAGUCUUUCAUCAUUAUGUGUGAUGUUAGCUGUGGGUUUUUCAUAGAUAUUCUUUAUCAGAUUGAAGAAGGUUGCUGCUUUUCCUAAUUUGAGUGUUUUUAUCCAGAAGGGAUGUUGGAGUUUAUCAAAUGUCUUUUCUGCGGAAAUUGAGAUUAUCGUGUUUUUGUUUUAAAUUUUGUAGAUAUGGAAUAUUCAUUUGUUUUUGGAUGUUAAAACCCACCUCACAUUCCUGGUAUAAAUUGUGCUUGGUUAUGGUGUAUGAUCCUUCAUAUAUGUUGCUAGAUUCAGUUUGCUGUUACAUUGUUGAGGAUUAUUGUGUUCAUAUUCAUAAGACUGGUCUGUAGUUUGCAUCUUUUAUGAUGACUUUUUUGGUUUUGGUAUCAGGUAAUACUAGCAUUGUCUCGUGAGCUGGGAAUGUUCCAGCCUCAUACUUUUUGGAGGGUUUUGAGAAGGAUUGAUGUUAAUUAUUCUUUAAAUUUUUGAUAUAAUUCAAUAGUGAAGCCAUCUGGGCCUGCACUUUCCUUUGUAGUUAGUGUUUUGAUACCCAGUUCAGUCUCUUUAUUUGUUACAGGUCUGAUGAUAUUGUCUAUUUCUUGAGUCAGUUUUGAUAGUUUGUGUCUUUUUAGGAGUUUGUCUGUUUCAUCUAAGUCCUCUAAUUUAUUGGCCUACAGUUGUUUGUGAUUUUCCUCUUCUUCAAGUAAACCUUUUAGAAAUUAUAUUAGUAACUUUUUUUUUUUUUAAAGAUUUUUUUACUUAUUUGACAGAGGGAGAGGG